AUGCGCUUUGCUAUCAGCGCCUUUUGGCUUGGGCUUUGGCUAAGCCGUGCGUCUGCUCUCAAGGCCGUGGACGGGUCACCUUGCCAGACUCUCUGUGGCAACGUUCUCGGCUCUACCAGCUCAGAUGAGCUGGUGUGCAAGGAGGAGGACUACGACACAAGUGCCGAAGGCGGUGUCUUUGAACGGUGCACAACCUGUCAGCUCACCAGUGGCUAUAUUGACGGGGACGAGACCGAUACGCAAUGGGCUCUUUACAACCUUCGGUAUGCCGUAUCAUACUGCCUUUUCGGCUACCCAGAAAACGAAGAUGUCGGAUCAAGCCCCUGCUUGACCAGCACUGCCUGCGAGCCAUUGCAACGUGCAGUUACAUACAAUGAGCUUGAGCCUAACGGCACGGCGUACGGGUACUGCUCUACCUGGAUUCACGAUCAGCUGCCUCGAUGCGCAUCAUGUCUCCGUGCUGGCAGCAACCACUUUUUCGCCAAUUUCAUGACAGUAUUGCAGGCCGGAUGCGAGCAAAUGCCCAUCAAUGGAACGCGUGUCUCCAUUGACAGCCCACCAUUCAUAACGUCUGCUGUCAAUAUUACCGAUCCGACACCGAUCGCCACCAACAUUCCCAAUUACUACCCGGGGCCUCUGAGCCUCGAUGCCCGAGUGGGCAUUGCGUUUGGAGCGCUGCUCCUCAUUCUGGUCGCCGUCGGAUUCUGCAUCAUCUGCAAUGGCCGCAGGAAACGCCGGACGUUCCUCAAGUCUUACGAUGAGAAGGUCAAGAAAGCCAUGGCUGCGUGGCCUACACCCAUCAACACCACCCGGGGCGAAUACUUUGAAAGCCCAUCGAGCCAGCACCCCUUUCGAGGCUGGGACGACACGCCACAAAGCCAGAAGCCGCUCCGGGACUGGGACAACUCGCCUCAGAGCGUGAGCACCGAGAAGUUCCAGACGAGAUACUUCUCGCCGUACUCGUCACAGUACAACAGUCCAGACACGGCAGUAGACGGGCGCAACAUGCCGUGGCCCGCCGACAAACCUCAGAUGAGGACAGCGCCGCAGGAGGUCGGAAUUGCUCUUGGCGGGCCAGAGCCUUCGCCCGUCUGGCAGCAGGAUACGAAAGGCAAGGCUGUCGGGGAGGAAUCUUAUGAGCUACGAGAGGUUGAUGGAAACUACGGGCAGCAUCUGGCACCCGCGUUGGACGUACAGCCGAUCCACCAGCCGGAGAGACCGGUCUAUGCUCAGUAUAACCCGGCUGAUUACCACGACUCCCCGCAGGACGACCCGAGGAAAGCUUAUGUGUGGUAA